CGCAGCAGUGACGCUGAGCUGCAGACAUGGCGCUGUCCUGUUUGAGGAUGUGCCGCCUCCUGUCACCGGUUCGACUGUGUUGUGUCGGUACCAGCAGUUCGACACCUAGCUUUUAUCUCUCCAGUCUAUCGCAUCAGUCCAGGUCUCCUCUGUGUUACACAGUGUGUAGACACUACACCUCAUCCAAAGUUAGACGGGGUCUUGGACGUUUUAUUUCUUCCAAGCUCCAGACAGCCAACAUAAAAUAUGAGAGUUUCCUCAAAAGGAGGUUUCCCAGAUUCUUUCUGCUGUAUCACACUUUCAUGGAAGGCUUCAAAAUGUUGUUCCAUGAUGCCAAAGAGGUGAAGAGGAUAAAAAUGAAAAUGCUUUAUGAAGGUGUAAAGCAUCAGGACUUGCCCUACAGGGAGAUGGAGAAACUAAGACAGUUUCGUAGAGAUUUGUUCAAGGCCAUCCCUCUUGUGGUGAUAUCCAUCCCUCCCUUUGCCAACUACCUGGUUUUCGUCCUGAUGUACUUUUUCCCACGCCAGCUUUUAAUCCCUCACUUCUGGAACCCUCAGCAGCAGGUUGAGUUUCGGAGUUUGUAUCAUUCCAUCAGGACCCGGAACCACCGGCCGAUUCUAGAAGAGCUCGAGGUUGCAAGUCAUCGUGUCAAAAAUGUUCAAGCACAAGCUUGUCUUAAAAGCUUGUGUGAUGAUGUGAGAAGGGGAGCAAACCCCCAGGUUUCUGACAUCCUGGCUGUUCGCAGUCUGUUCGUAGGACCACCUUUGGGUAUAAAGAGAUUGAGCGUUGGUCAAAUGCGGCACAUAAGCCCCCUGCUCUUCCUGACGCCCCACCUCCCGGGCUUCCUGAUGGGCCAAAGGCUGAACACCCAUGGCUUGGAGCUGCUCCAGCUGGAUCGAGCCCUCAGCAGAUUGGGCCUCCAUCAGCUGAAUGAGUCUGAACUCAGACAGGCUUGUUAUGUAAGGGGUAUCAACUCUUACUGUCUUGGUACUAACCAGUGCCGUGAGUGGCUGUUUCGCUGGCUUCAGGUGUCCUCCUCUCUGAAAGACUCAGAGGUGUCGCUGCUUUUGCACUGCAUCGUAUUUCUUUCUGCAAACUACCCGAAGUCUCCUCAACGCUGCUGACGAUGCAAACGGCUCUCGCAAUUAGGGCCUUUGGGGCGCUGCACAGCGCAACUUCCUCAAAAAUUUCAACAGUACCUUGAUGAAGGGGGGAAAAACCAAGUUUUUGUAAGUGUGAGAGAAAAAGUGAUCAGACAUCACUGAAAAGAUGCUUAGAAGGCUUAAACAUUUGUAGUUAAAAGAAUCCUAUUUUGACAAAAAUAUACUGCAGUGUCUUCAGGCAGGUGUGUUGCUGUGCAGUUUUGAUUGUUACAUGUGUUUAAAUGAAGCCCUUAUAUUAAAUAUUUAUUAGGUUUGUUGCCCUGCAAAUUACAUCAUCUGGUCCCAUCUGAGCUAAAACAGAAAUAUGUCUUUAGGACAAUCAUAGACAAAUAAUAUAUAAAACAUAUAAGCUCUGUAUGAAUUCUGUUGUUUUUUACGUCAUCAAACUUCUCAUUUUGUCGUCUGUCUCUUUGUGUUCUGCUUGUUCUAUUUGGCUUUAUGCUGGUUUUGAGAACAUUAGAAACAUGAUUCUCUGUUAAAAAGGGAACAAAUGCUAAUCAUCAGAAAACAAUCGGAAGCUGGUUUUGGUUCUGAAGCAAUGUGUGGAAACUGGCCCGUUUUCCUGCUUGGUGAGAAGCUGAAAUUCCUGUUGCACACAAACCAACCCUCUCUGAGCUGCCUGCAUGAUCGCAUUCAGUUUUGAUGGCACUUAAUUGUUUACCUAUGAGUUUUGUUUUCUCUGAGUACUUUAUUACAUUUGUUUUUUUAUGUGCCUUUUGCAAAUAUUGGUGCAACAUUGCCUAAAUAUCAAUUACAACGUAUUUUCUUUACAUCUUUAUUUUAUAAUUUAUUUGCUCAACAAAAAAAUGCUGAAUGUUUUGUUCCUUUGUUCUACACCAUUAGAGAAUAAGGAUUUUAUUAAACAUCUUCAUGCCAAA